AUGAGUGCUUUUUCUCUAUGUGGGAAGAUCAAAGAGGAUAUUACUGAGGAAGAAAAAACCCUAAUUUAUCAAAGAGCUCUAAUUUUAUUAACUGAAGAAGUAGACCAAGAAUUAUGGUUUAAUGCACGUGGGCUAGCAAUUAUUUUAUACCAAUUUGGUAAAAAACAAAUAAAAGUAGAUGAUGAAUUUAUAAAGGCAUGGGAAAGAGAAGCUAUAAAAAUGAUUGAUUGGUUUAAACCUCAAGGAUUAGCUAAUUCUAUUUAUGCUUUUGGCCGCUUAGGAGAAAAGCCCUCAAACGACUUCAUUAAGGCGUGGGAAAUAAAAGCUAUCAAGAUUAUUGAUCAGUUUAAUUCUCAAGAAUUAGCUAAUUCUAUUUAUGCUUUUGGUCGCUUAGGAGAAAAGCCCUCAAACGACUUCAUUAAGGCGUGGGAAAUAAAAGCUAUCAAGAUUAUUGAUCAGUUUGAUCAGUUUAAACCUCAAAACUUAGCUAAUUCUAUUUAUGCUUUUGGCCGCUUAGGAGAAAAGCCUUCAAACGACUUCAUUAAGGCGUGGGAAAUAAAAGCUAUCAAGAUUAUUGAUCAGUUUAAUUCUCAAAACUUAGCUAAUUCUAUAUAUGCUUUUGGUCUUUUAGGAGAAAAGCCCACAAAAGAUUUUAUUAAGAAGUGGGAAAUAAAAGCUAUCAAGACUAUUGAUCAGUUUGAUCAGUUUGAUCAGUUUAAACCUCAAGGAUUAGCUAAUUCUAUUUAUGCUUUUGGCCUUUUAGGAGAAAAGCCAUCAAAAGAUUUUAUUAAGAAGUGGGAGAUAAAAGCUAUCAAGACUAUUGAUCACUUUGAUCCUCAAGGAUUAGCUAAUUCUAUUUAUGCUUUUGGCCUUUUAGGAGAAAAGCCCUCAAACGACUUCAUUAAGGUGUGGGAAAUAAAAGCUAUCAAGAUUAUUGAUCUGUUUGAUCAGUUUAAUUCUCAAAACUUAGCUAAUUCUAUUUAUGCUUUUGGCCGCUUAGGAGAAAAGCCAUCAAACGACUUCAUUAAGGCGUGGGAAAUAGCAGCUAUCAAGAUUAUUGAUCAGUUUAAACCUCAAGAAUUAGCUAAUUCUAUUUAUGCUUUUGGCCUUUUAGGAGAAAAGCCCUCAAACGACUGCAUUAAGGAGUGGGAAAUAGCAGCUAUCAAGAUUAUUGAUAAGUUUGAUCCUCAAAACUUAGCUAAUUCUAUUUAUGCAAUCUGCAUGAUCAAUAAUUUAACUAAUUCUAACAUUGAAAUUUCCGAGUCAAUAAUUAAGGUUGUUAACACGAAUUAUCAGUUAUUUAAUCUGAAGGAGGGUCAUCAGCUAUUAACCACCCAUUACUAUUUGUUUCAAAAAGAUAGUCAUGGAUUGCUAUCAGAAAAUAGUAAAAAUUAUUUGGAACAAAUAAUUAAAGACUCUUCUCCUUCUUGCAAUACUUCUAAUUUCCAAAAAGCUGUAUUCAAUACAAUUAAAGAAGUUACUAACGAAUUAGAGGAAGAUACUAAUAUUAUAGGGGAGUAUUGGAUAAAAGAAAUUAAUUCUCAAGUUGAUAUCUAUAUUAAAAAUAAAAAUACUAUAGUUCAAGCAGAUGGUCCUACCCAUUUUAAUAAUACUAAUCUCAAUAGUGCUACAAAACUUAAUAGUAAGUUACUAGAAAAUUUAGGGUAUAAAGUAAUAAGAAUUCCAUAUUCUGCUUGGGAUGAUUUAAAUCGUAAAGAAACCUCUGAAUAUAUAAAAAAUUUACUAAUAAGAACUGAGGUAAUAGAACAGGAAAACUUUAAUAACCUUAUUAUUGAAGAUAAAGCAAUUAAUGCGUAUGAAGUGCCAUCAUCAGGCGAGGUGUCAACGGUUUAA